GGUCCUUCUCUGCGUUGUAUUUUGCCUGGAAAAAAAUUGUUGGCCCCACAGUGGACUCCCUAAAGAGAUCAGUUACAGAGAACUAGGACCUACCCCACCCUAAUCAUUGGUAAUUAAAAAUCUCAUAUAAAAUUCAAGUCAAUCCCCCUCAACAUUCUCUCUAUCCCCUUUUGGUAUAAAUUUGACUCCAAGUUUCUGCUAAUCUCAAAGCAUUAAUCCCCAAAUUAGUCCAUAUUGCCCCUAUCUCCCCUUCCUCUCUCCAAAAUCAUACCCCCAUAUUUUUAGAGAAUUUAGAGAGAGAUGGAGGGUGUGGGAGCUUUUCUUGAUGAAGAAUGGGAAUCCUUGAACAGAAUGUUCUCCACUGGAUCAGAGCAUGAAAAUGGUUUCAGCUUUGGGACUUCAUCAACUUUUUGGCCCAUUAAUUCUGAUGUGGCCAGCAUCAGUUUUGGUCCUACCGAUGAGAGUUUAUCACAAUUAAUCCCUAAUUGUGAUGCUUUCAGUUGUUCUAAUGAUAGUGUCUUUAUUCCAACUAAUCAAAACCACCACUCUGGCGAUCCUAACAAUUUUCAAGAAACGAAUCACGCUCUCGAGUCCGCGUAUUUUUACGCGAUGAACAACGCGGCCGAAAACAAAACAUCGGUUCCACUUUUUUCCAACAAUGCAAACCAGGGAAUUCUGCACGAGAAAGAAGAGGAAAGGGGCGACGAUUUGGAAAAUGAAGACCAUAAUGGCAAAGAAUUGCACCUAAAGAGGAAAAAUGACUCGUGUGAGGCUCCCCAGAAGAGAACUCGUACUUCGGGAGAUGCACCAAAAGGUAAGAAGAAUGUGACAUCCAAAAAGAACCAGAAGCUCAGUUUGAAUGGUAUUGGUGAAGAGGAGAAUAUUAAUGUUGCGACGAAUCGUUCGGGCUGUUUUAGCUCGGAGGAGGACUCUGUUGUUUCUCAGGAGCUCAAUGGGGAAGAAACUUCAGAAUCCAAAUCGAUUUCGGCUCUAGAUUCAGAUGGCAAAACGAGAGCCGGUAGAGGGGCUGCAACCGAUCCCCAAAGCCUGUAUGCAAGGAAAAGAAGAGAGAGAAUUAAUGAGAGAUUGAGAACACUGCAGAGCCUUGUCCCCAAUGGAACUAAGGUUGAUAUUAGCACAAUGCUUGAAGAGGCAGUCCAAUAUGUGAAGUUUUUGCAGCUGCAAAUUAAGAUAUUGAGUUCUGAUGAACUGUGGAUGUAUGCUCCAAUCGCCUAUAACGGGAUGGACACGGGCCUCUACCAAAAAAUCUCACCAUCUCAAUAAUACCGGAAGGAGCUGCUCGAUCAUAACAAUUUUUGGCUAUUACCUAUAAAAGAAAACAAUUUUUUGCUACAGCGGUUUUACCGAAAAUACUCAAGAGAAUGAUAUUUCUUGAGGACUGAUGAGG